UAAGUGUAUUAUCUGAUGUAUUGGAUUGAAUUUGCGUGUACUACGUGUCAUGGACAGCUUUGAUUUACGGAAGACGUGCUGGCGAAAAUAUAUGACUUUAUUUUCUUCUGUGGUGCACAAUGAGGAACGUUAGGGCGUUUUCUCAAACAGCUUUCCGUUAUUGUUUUAUUUUAUGAAAAUAUAUCACGAAGAUGAUAGUGUUCGAAAUUUACAGUGAUUAACACUCGUUUGCCGUACGGUAUUUGAUUUGUUCGGGUAUGGAAUAAUUUUUUUAGUAGUAGAUGCGUGUACUUUUUAUUUGCGCUUUGUGAACUUUAGUGAUAGUGUUUUUUUAUGGUUACAUACUGAUAAGAGUUCAUUUUAAAUAAGUGUUGUGAAUGGUUGUUUGUUGGUGUCUGAACACUGGAAAUACAAUACAGGAGAGCCCACAAUAAAUGUAAACAAACGAUUGCAAAUGUCGAAGAAUACAGGAAAGGAAUUUCAAAUGUUACGUGCGCAAGAUAUUGAGAAGGUUGUUGUGAUUUUUUUUUUCACAGUUUGUAGAGUUCCAGUUAUGUUAUUCUCUGGCCACGCAUUUAUUGUUCAGCUGAUGUAGUUUGAAUAUAGUCUACUCGUGAAUGGCAUGCACCUACCGAUAAGUAUGUUUCAGGAACCAGUAACUACUGCACUGAAAAUUCAACAUUCGAGUAUACCAGUAGCUGAAAAAAGGCGAGGUGACGAAUGUUAUGCACCAUUGCUAAAACAUCCCAGGGUAUCUGAACCCCAUGGCUUUAUACCGCAAAUAAUCCCUUACGGUACCUUCUACAUAGUAGGGUACAAUGGUUUUAAACCACCAUUUAAUCGUGGAAGGGUCAAAAGCUAUUGCCAAAUAAUUAGAAAAUAUUAUGGGGAUGGUGUCAAAUACGUGAGAACUUGCAUUGCAAAAACUCCGCAGGUGUUGAAGGCGGCGCUGGAUUCAAAAUCACAUAAUGUGAUUUAUAAAUUUUCCGUCUCUGAAACUGUUCUUGUUCAGUAUGCAAGAGACAGGGAAACAGACAUGUUUCAGAUUGGACGCUCAGCUGAGCCACCAAUCGAUUUUGUAGUCAUGGAUGUAAAUCGACAUGCUGGGAGGGCAACAAGUACUGUAUCGAGGUAUGCUUGUCGUGUCCUAGCAGAUCGAAAGAAUUGCAGAGAUGUCCGAAUCUUCGCAGCAGGCUUCAAUGAGGCUUGCAACAUAUUCUUGGGUGAGAAGGCUAUAAAGUGGCAUGAGGAGGAGUCUGUGGAUGGUCUCACCACCAAUGGAGUCCUAUUAAACCAUCCGCAAGGAGACUUCUGGGGAGGAGAUGCAAAACCUGGUUGUUGGAGAGAAGUCUCGGUUAAUGGGAAACUUUACACAUUAAGACCAAUCAGGGAUUCAGACGUGAGAGGUGCUCCUGUUCAACAUGAAACCAACUUACUCCAGGAUGGGUCUCUUAUUGACCUGUGUGGAGCGACUGUGAUCUGGCGGUCAGCUGAUGGCCUUAAGAAAUCCAUUACAAAAGACAACCUCCGCCAGGCACUCUCUGAGGAGUCAAUAUUCAAAUGCACAGGGAUGUGCAUGCAAUACAAAGACUCAGAUUCCUCCACGAUAUUGAGUUCGUCAGGCAGUAUGGACUCACAGAAAAAAUGCUUACCUCACGUGUAUUUCAAAUGUGGACAUGUGCAGACCUGUGUUGAUACCACGAGGAAUUAUGCAGCUUGUCCAGUUUGUUUAGAGUAUGGGCCAACAGCAAGACUGUCCCUAGGCAUUGAAGCAGCCUUUUAUGUAGACAGAGGACCUUUGCAGUACGCAUUCAAUCCUUGUGGGCACAUAGCAAACAAGAAGACUGUUGAGUACUGGUCCAGUAUAAAAUUACCAAAUAGGAAAAGUAGUUUUGAGGCAAAGUGCCCUUUCUGUGAGGCUACGUUAGCAAAGCCUGUGGGUUAUGUGCAGUUGAAGCAGAUGACCUGAGCAUAUGACUAAAGGCUGGAGCAUUUGCAGUUUGCUUCUAAGUUUUGUAAUGUCCCAUAAGUAUGAUGUAAGCGAAUGGUGGUACUUGCCCCUGGCAAGUGACAAUGUUUCCAUGCUAUGUUUGGAGAAUCAGCUUCUGAGAAGUUCAAUACCAACCAGUUAAUAUAUUCAAGCUAAUAUUGGUUCUUGUCUGUGACAAGUGAAAACUGAUACACGUUACUUUAAGAGACUUGGAUGUACGUAUGGGUGGGGACUGGAAAAAUUCGAUUUAUUUUACGGACAAUUUCGGUUCUACUUUUUGCCAUUUUCGGUGUUAUUUCCUCGAUACAUAUUUUUCAUAGUUCAUCUUGAUUUUUGUCUUAUUUAAUUGUUUCCAGUACUGCGUUUAAAAUCAAAAUACACCUCUCAGUUACAUUAUAUUUGUUAGAUAUUAAACAUCAAUUAUUUUCAGUUUUUGGACAGAAAAAGAAAUUUUCCCAACAAAUAUUACAGUUCGUUCAUUUUGUCUUAUUUCAUGGUAAUUUAGUAUUUUGCUGAGAUUGAAAGUGUACAUUUAGACUAUAUUGCAUUUAUUAAUUUAAAGAUCAAAUGUAUUACAUCAUUGUACAGAAAGGUAAACAUUUAUAUUACACCAAUUGAUAUCUGCAAAGAAAAGUUAACAUUAACUGUACACCAAGUAUGGUUUUUCAUAUGAAAUCAUUGCCAUUAGUUCCAAGUUCUCUUCUGAGAUAUAGUGCUACCAGUCUGUUUGUACUUCAUUAUCUUGUGAGAAUAACUGCUCCAAAUCUCUGUUUAAACAUGGAAUCCCAAUUGCCUUCAGUGCAACUGCAGCAAAUUAUGGGUUUUAAGAGUAGUUCCCUGCAGACAUUUGACAAUGUUCACAGCUCCUGCUGAAAGCUGCUGUUCAGCUUGAUCCUGAAGAGAUUUGCAUCCUUUUAGAAUUUCUAUAUUGCUAUAUGCCAGGUGUGCAUGAGAGACUGUUUGCAUGUCAGCAUUAAUAUAGUUCAUGAUUACUGUCCUAAGAUUGAAACACAAUCCUAGGACCGAAAACACACAUACAUGGAUCAGUAACUGCAAGGAUCAUCAGCUUUGUAGAUAAAAUCUGUUGCAUUUAAAUGUUUCUCUCAUUUCUGCCUGAAGAAUAUACCUCUUCACCUUUUACACAAGUUUGCUGGUGUACUGACAAAUUCCACGUGCACAAUGGCAAAGCUAUUUUACAGCUGUGUUAACAUGAGUGUAAUUCAUUUGAGGGAGGAUAAUUUGAAGACUUAUUCAUCAUAUCAUUUGCAUGUACCUUACUGAACAUGGCCUCCAAUUGAACUUACAUCCUCACUAGAAAGUUAAUUACCCUAAUCAGUUCCUAAAAGCACUCCAUCUUCAGGCCACGAGUGGCCUACCAGGACCAUCCGUCUGCCGUGUCAUCCUCAGUGGAGGAUGCGGAUAGGAGGGGCGUGUGGUCAGCACAGCAUUGGAUAAUUCCAGCAUAUCAUCACUUUCUUCCACCAUGUCUUCAAAAUAUACUGCCACACAAGUGGCUGUGGAAAGCCAAGAGUUUCAGCUUUCAACACUGGAAGAGGAAAUGCCUUUGGAUACCUUUUCUCCUCCCUUAAAAACUGUAGAUGUAAAUGUUUUCUCUUCCUGGUAUUUGAGAAUGUGCUCUUUAAGCUAAAUAUAACUAAGUUCAGUUUCAAAAGUUCCUUGGAAAACCAUCUGCCAACAAAUUCAACUAGUGUGCCCAAAACUGAAAAUGAUGCAAAUGGUCUCCUAUAAUUGUUUUUCAAUGAAUUGACUCAUUUUUUUUUAUAUACAUAGCAUUGUCACUUAAGAUAGGUUUAUCAUCAUCAUAUUGAAUAUUAUAGUCUUAUCAACAGUCUUCACUGUCACAGCAAAAACAUGAUAACGGCUUUUUUCAGUGCUCUUAUCUGCUAAAGCUAAAACAUCCUCAUCAGCUAGUUCUUGCAUUAUCCCAUUUUUUGGUUGUUUUUGUAUUGAAGGUACCACAGUUUCCCUCGUUGUCUUGAUAUGAGGAAAGUCAUUAGCACCAUAUUCAAACGAACACCACUGUUAGCAUUCAAUUUAAAAAUAUCUAAAUUGAAUCUGUGCUAACAAAAUUUGUACUUUUUGAAAUGUACAAUGGCAAGCUGAAAAAUACAAUUUGAUUAUUUUGCUGUGAACUAACAGUAACCACAGCUUAUCUUCGAUGAUGAAUUCAUUAGUUUUCUGCCGAAAAUCUUCAUUUUCCAGUUUGUCCUUUGAACCAGAUAUUUUCAGUGGGUUUUCUUUUUCUUGGUGACUUCAAAGCUGCUGCUAUUGAAGCUGGCUGCUUACCUACACACUGGAAUUAUUGAGUCUAUUCCCUUUGUGCUUCUCAGUUUGCAUGUAUUUUAAUGCAUAUCUUUUCUGUCCCAUGAUAUUCUGCUAUUGAAAUACUUAAAGAAUACGUAGAUUUAUCAGGAGCAUAUAGGCCAUCGGCUUCGAACUUCCGUGCUCGUAUGUUGGCAGUAACUGCAUGCUUUGGCAUAUUGUACAACCUCGAAAACUAUUUCUUUGAAGUAGAUCAAAAUAAGCAGUGAGAAAGCCCAAGAAUAUUUGGACACUACUGUACUGUUGGACAAACAUAACAGCUAUCCUGAGAAGCCAAAGAUCUUGCAGCAAGAUGAAUUUUGACCGACAAAGAUAUUCUUCAAACUGCUUUUGAUAGCGAUGUCUGCACAGUCCAGUCACUAUGAAAUAAAUAAUUUUUGUUGGCUGUUAAUUUCGAAUUUUUCCUGUCCCUAAAUAUGGGUUAUGUGACCAGAAUUGAUUAUUUUUUAAAAGUAUUAUGAAAGUACAAUAUGUUAACAAAUAAUAGACUAAUCUCUCUCUCUCUCUCUCUCUCUCUCUCUCUCUCUCUCUCUCUCUGUGUGUGUGUGUGUGUGUGUGUGUGUGUGUGUGUGUGUGUGUGUGUGUGUGUGUGUGUGUGCAAAGCGCAAAAGCGGAUUUUGUGUUAUUAGCAUAUGCUCCCAUUAGAGAAAAGCACGAGAUGGGGAACCACCAGAAAGGACAUCUAGAAGUGAUCUUUGAUAAGGCUUCAAUUUUAACCUGCAGGAAAACAGUAACUAUGGGUUCAGAAUGAUGGAGAAUAGCUUAUAAAACUCUAAAAAAUUUAAGUAAACAAAUCCUGUUGCUGUUCUAAACCAACAGGAAUAAAAAUGUUUGUUAAAGAGGUCUGCUGGAGGGGCCCCAUUGUUUAUAUCCAGUGAAUAUCAUUAGUAAGCAGCUUACUUUGGUCUAGGAAGUAACUUCACUCAUGUAGCAAGUUAUUUCUAGAAUUACUAUUUAAAUAUUAUUCUGUGUUGUCUUGAAAAUCAGAGCAUGCAAAUGUUAAAGGAGACUGGAAUGCCAUUUGAGAGAAAAAUUACGCAGUAAUCAUAUAGGAAUAAUAGCUAUCAAAGUUUCAGUUUCUGGCUUAUUAUUUGUUGAAGGCGUGAGCACUGCAGCUUCAAAAGUUCCUCUCAUCAAGUGCAAAGAUAAUGUGUAGCAGAAAAUAUUCUUUCUGCAUCUUCCAGACGAACUGUAUUGCUGGGAGGCUAAUACUGUGAUUUAUGUUUGUAAUCUAUAUUUGUUAAUUUGCCCUGUCUUCAAAGAGUCAAUAAAUUUUUCAUUUUUAUAGGAA